AUGCUAGUUUUUUGGAUAACACAUAUAUAUAACUCUUGGCUAUACAGAUUAGAAGGAAAAGUGGUGAUAGUCACCGAUGGAGCCAGCGGCAUAGGAGAGAGCAUGGCGAGACUAUUCGUCCGACACGGUGCAAAAGUUGUGAUUGCCGACGUCCAAGAUGAGCUCGGCAACUCUCUCUGCAAAGAAAUACUCAACUCGACAAGUAACGAUGGUUCGGCCAACAUUAUCUACGUCCACUGUGAUGUCACCAGCGAUACAGACAUGAAAAGUCUAGUUGAUCUCACAGUGUCGAAACAUGACAAACUCGACAUCAUGUUCAACAACGCCGACAUAUCUGGCGACGUGGACACCACCAUACUUGGCGCGGACAACGACAACUUUAAGCGUGUCUUCGAGGUGAACGUGUUUGGCUCCUUUUUAGGUGCUAAACACGCGGCCAGGGUUAUGAUCCCUGCUAGGAAAGGAAUGAUACUAUUCACAUCAAGUGUGGCAUCGGUGAACAGCGGCGAUGCGUCGCACGUGUACAUGGCGUCAAAGCAUGCGAUGGUGGGGCUGAUGAAAAACCUUUGUGCCGAGCUGGCACAGUUCGGCAUAAGAGUCAACGCAAUAUCUCCAUUCGCUGUAGCAACGCCGAUGCUUAGGAGCGGUAUGGGGCUAACCAAGGACGUGGCGGACCAAGUGAUUUGUGCUUCGGCGGUACUCAAAGGGCUAGCUCCAGAGCCGAAUGACGUUGCUGAGGCAGCCUUGUACUUGGCCGGUGAUGAGUCAAAGUACGUUAACGGGCUUAAUCUCGUUGUUGAUGAUGGUUACAACACCACUAAUCGGUCAUUUAGUACGGUUUGGAAUAGUAUGGUGUCUAAAAAUAAGUUUGGUUCUAGCUGAUUUUGUUUAAUAUUUAUGAGCCAAAUAUAUUAAUAUUCUAUUGUCUAGCUAUUCAUUGGGUUUUCCUUUAUAAAAUGUAAUAGUUAUUACCAUCAUUUAUCUAAU